AAGCAUAAACAACUAAAGGAAGCAGUCUUAGAUUAUUUAGGUCUAUACCAGCACUGCUAUUAGUUGAAAAUGAAGAGGAUCUUGCUUCUUGCUUUCCUUGCACUUUGGAUUAGCAGCAGCUAUUGUACUCGAACUGAUGAUGAGGAUACAGACGAUGUUGCUGAAAAUAGUAAAUUUCAAGAAACUGAUGAUGAUAUUAACUCAGAAUUGGCAGUUGACACAGAAGCAACAGAUGAUAAAGCUGAACAGCAGCACAUUGGCCUCAAGCUUGGUAAUAAAGGUAUUGUCAUAACACUCACACCAGAUUACAAAAGUGGAGGUGGAAUUGUUUACACUCGUUGGGGAAAGACAACUUGCAGGAAUGGAGUAGAGCUGGUCUAUGCUGGAUAUGCUGGAGGUAGUGAUUACACUGAAUAUGGAGGAGGAGCAAACCUAUUGUGUAUGCCAACGACUGGUGUAGGACAUCUCAGCACUCAAAACCCAGGACACCAUUCUUAUGUUUAUGGAUCAGAGUAUCAAUCGCAUAACAAGAUCUGGAGUAACCACGAUUGGAAUGUCCCUUGUGCUGUGUGUUAUGUUCCUGACAAAUCCACUAAACUGCAGUUGCCUGGUAGGACCACCUGUCCAGACUCAUGGACCCAAGAAUACAAAGGUUACUUGAUGGCAGACCAACGUGGUCACCGUAGAAAUGCAGUCUUUGAAUGCAUCGAUGAAGCUGGAGAAAGGAUUUCUGGCACCAAUCGUGAUACAAAUGGUGCACUGCUGUAUUUUGUGAUGCCAAGGUGUGAUAGGGGAAUCCCUUGUGGUCCCUAUAAUCGUAAUAUUGCUAUUACCUGCUCCAUCUGCACUCGCUAAGAGUUUCAACUAUGGACUGUGGAAAUUGGACAUUGGACAAUAAAUUUAGGACUUUUAAAAUGUGUUGUGAUUAAUUCUGUUGUAGUUAGUUUUAGUUUUUUUAGAAAAAUGUAGUAGCUCAUUGAAAAUAGUUAACUUUAAAAUAAGUUAGUCUAUAUAUGUGUCAGCAUUUUUCUUGCUUACUUUGAGCGGGUUAAUUGUUUUUUUAAAUAAAACAAGUUUCGGUGCAACUGAUAUGCAUCUGUGACGAAAUGA